AUGCUGGCAGACUUCAACAGUGCCGAGCACAUCGUCAUGGAGCUCAGCGAGUACGUCACCGAGGUGGACGUGGAGAUCGCGCGCCGGGCCAUCCGCGCCAUCGGCACCAUCGCGGUUCAUGUGCCUUCGACUUCGGAGAUGAUCGUGAGCUCUUUGUCCAACUUGUUGGAGUUGGAUAUCGAUUACGUUUGUACAGAAGCAGCAGUGGUCAUGAAAGACCUGGUACGGAAGUAUCCCGAGCAGUUUCAGCAAGCCUCGGGGGCAGUGCAGAAAUGCCUAAAAAUUGUCAGCGAGCCUGAUGGCAAGAGUGCCUUGCUGUGGAUUCUGGGCGAGUACGGCCUGCUCAUCGAGGACGCGCCGUACUUGCUGGAGCCCAUGAUUGAUGGCUUCAUGGAGGAGUCGAGCGGUGCUGUGCAGCUGGAGAUGCUCACGGCAGCCGUGAAGCUCUUUUUUUGUCGGCCGCCGGAGGUGCAGAAGAUGCUGGGACGGCUUCUUCAAGAGGCCAUCCAGGAUUGCACGCAUCCGGAUGUUCGGGAUAGAGCCCUUCUGUACUACAGGUUACUGCAGGUUUCCCCAGAAGAGGCGCGCAGAGUGAUCUGCGCUCCAAAGGAAGUGGUCGAAGAGUUCCAGGAGGAGAUGGAUGCCGACCUCAAAGACCGUGUCUUCGAGGAGUUCAAUUCGUUGAGCACUGUGUACAAACAGCCGGCUUCCAAGUUCAUCCAGGUGUCCGGUAGCCCUUUUGUGGCGACCAAGAUGCCACCCCCACCCCUCGAGGGUGGGGAAGUGCCAGCAUCCUUCGCCAAACCAUCACAGGUCAAUGGCGGCGCAGCCGUUCCACAGGCAGCGCCGGUGGACACUGACCUUCUGGGUGGCGGUGGCAGCCAGGUCACUGUCGCACAGACAGCCACAGGAGACCUCUUGGACGACCUCUUUGCCGCGCCGGCGCCGGCGCAGCCGGCGCAGCCAUCGACUCUGCCGUCAGACCUCAUGGGGUAG